AUAAUAUUUUCUAUCUUUAUAAAGAGAGAGAUUUUUUUAUCUAGCACUACUCAUACUUUGUAUAUACAAAGGUAAGUUAACACAUUCGGGUCCAUGCUCGAGCAUAGUAUUUUAAUACAAUGAACGGCGCUCAAGCCUCACUCGAGCGCACGUUUUCAUGGACUAACAUGUGCUUGCUCGAGCGAUAAACGGGCUUGGAUUGCCGGGCGUUCUUUCCACAGUCGUCGUAGUACUAUCGGUUGCCGCUAGAUGGCAUCUGCUGUACUGUUUUACGUUUGAAGCUGCUUCGGGCGUGUUUCAUCGUGCCAGGGGAAUUACCGCGGUUUUGUUGCAGUAGAAAUGGCAAAGAGAUCGUGCGAGAGCGACGAAUUUUUUGAACAUGAUGAAUUUUAUGCUUCUGGUUCAGAAGCUGAUAACUGCAGUUCUGAUUCUUUGUAUGAACAAUCGUCUGAAUAUUCUGACACAUCAGGUUUGUAUGCAAUUAUUCAAAACCUGCCGAAUGAGCUUGAAACUUGUUUUACCUAUGUAUAAAAAUUAUUAUUUUUGUACAUAUCUUACCCAGGAUGUUUUUUUUAUUACAGAUGAAGAUUUUGCAAAAAUAAGGAAACAGAAGAGCAGUUUUACACAGAAAACGGGACUUUCACAAGCUCGUCCAUCACAGACACCUGAUACAGGUACUGAUAGUGCUUCGUAUUUUUUCCCCUUGUGUAUUGCAGAUAUUUUACAUUAGCUCUUGGACCCUUACAUGUAAAUGCGAAUGUCACAUUAUGUUUUAGAUGAAGACGAUGUUCCGCUAGUCCACAUUGCGCAGCUGAGCAAUGCGAAUAGACAAGACCACUCGGAUAAACCUAGCACAAGUAACGUUUCUGAUUCCAAUACAAGAACACGAUUACCAGCAAAUGAAAAACCUGGAGUCAUUCGCUGGGUAUCAAUGGCCAACCAACCACAGCUGCCGGUUUUUGAGGAAGCAUCUGGCAUUCUUAUCGACAUUGAUGAAACUUCCGAUGAACUUACCUGUUUCUCUAAUUUUUUUGGCACAGACGUCAUAAAAAAUAUAAAGACUGAAACAAAUCAAUAUGCAGGUACAAUGAUUGACAAUAUGAAACGGGCAAAAAAAUUGAAACUAAAUUCAAUGUGGCAGCGUUGGACUACUGUCAAGCUUCAAGAAAUAUAUUACUUCUUUGCAGUGAUCAUUCACAUGUGCUUAGUCAGGAAACCCAAGAUAACAGAUUAUUGGUCAAAUGACAACAUAAUGCACACUCCAUUUCCUGGGCGUCUCCUUAGCAGAGACAGAUUCCGGUCAAUAUUAUUCAUGUUACACAUAAAUGACAAUGCUACUUACGUACCAAGAGGACAAGAAAAUCACGACCCUCUACAUAAAGUCAGGCCGUUUUUCAAUCAUUUUGUCCGUCAAUGUAAGGCCUGUCUUUAUCCAUCAGAAAACCUGACAAUUGAUGAAGGAAUGUGUCCUUUUCGAGGACGUUUACACUUCCGUGUUUAUAUAAAAAAUAAACCUCAUAAGUAUGGUAUAAAGUUAUAUAUUCUUUGUGACACCAAUACAGGAUAUGUCCUAAACUGUGAGGUUUAUACUGGUGGUGCUGGAAGUGUGGAAAACUCUAUUGAGAGUCUUGUCCGGAGAUUGUUUCAUGAUUAUUUUCAUAAGGCGCACACAAUUUACAUGGACAGAUUUUAUUCAAGUCCUACAUUAUUCUAUAAGUUAAAAACCCUGGCUGUGGGUACGGUACAAAAAAACCGCAAAGGCUUGCCACCUGAACUGAAAUGCAAAGAACUUGCAAGAGGUGAAGCAAUUUUUCGCAGGUGCGGUCCUUUGUUGGCUGUAAAGUGGAAGGACACACGUGAUGUGUACUGCCUCUCCACAAAGCACAAAGCCACAUGCAGUGAAGUCACUGUAAGAAGCAGAGGUGGCUUAGUUGCUAAAACCAAACCCGAUGUUGUACUUGACUACAAUAUAAACAAAACUGGUGUUGAUCAUGUUGAUCAAUUACUCAGUUACUACCCCUUUCAAAGAAAAUCAAUGAAAUGUGUGGUGGCCUUGGGGAGAGGCCGACCCUGGCCGGGGUUAGUGGCCGGUCAUCGCUCUGGGCCAGUGUUCCCAGGAAAACUUGGAGAGGUGGGGGGUGUGGGUGCUGCUGAUGACAGUGGGAAAGAUGCUCUACAGGACCCGGAGGCGUGA